CAGUGUGCUGUGUGUGUCUGUCGGGAGAGGAGCGGCACGGUUCUUGUCUCUUACACAGGUUUUUGGAUCUUUUGUUCCCGUUAACGGAGUUUCAGGAUGGAUGUCGCCACAGCCACCGCGGAGCAUGCCGGGGAGAUGGUGAAGGACGAGCUGGCCGAAAAAUGCCAGAAGUUGUUUCAGGCUUUUCUGGAGGAGUUCCAGACCGGGGAUGGGGAGGUGAAGUAUGUCCGGGAGGCCGAGGAGCUGAUCAGGCCGGAGAGGAACACCCUGCUGGUGAGCUUCACAGACCUGGAGGGCUUCAACCAGGAGCUGGCGACCACCAUCCAAGAGGAGUACUACAGAGUUUACCCCUUCCUUUGUCGGGCUGUGCGCAACUUUGCUCGGGAUCAUGGGAACGUUCCUCUCACCAAAGAGUUCUACGUCGCCCUCGAGGAUCUGCCCACCAGACACAAGAUCCGUGAGCUGUCGUCCAUGCGUAUCGGCACCCUGGUGAGGAUCAGUGGUCAGGUGGUGAGGACACACCCAGUGCACCCUGAACUGGUGAGCGGCACCUUCCUUUGCAUGGACUGCCAGGCCGUGAUCAAAGACGUCCCUCAGCAGUUCAAAUACUCGCCCCCAACCAUCUGCAGGAACCCUGUCUGCAACAACCGCGCCCGCUUCCACCUCGACACACACAAAUCCAAGUUCAUCGACUUCCAGAAGGUGCGUAUCCAGGAGACGCAGGCGGAGCUGCCUCGUGGAUCCAUCCCUCGCUCCCUGGAGAUCGUCCUGAGGGCCGAGGCUGUGGAGACGGCUCAGGCCGGAGACCGCUGUGACUUCACCGGGACCCUCAUUGUUGUGCCUGACGUCUCUCAGCUCAGCACUCCAGGUGUGCGAGCAGAGACCAGCACCCGCGUACCUGGAGGACCUCAGGGCUUUGAGGCCGAUGGCUUGAGAGGACUGAAAGCUCUAGGAGUCAGAGAGCUUUCAUACAGACUGGCCUUCCUCGCCUGCAACGUGGCCCCGACCAACCCACGAUUUGGUGGUAAGGAGCUGCGUGAUGAGGAGCAGACUGCAGAAAGCAUCAAGAGCCAGAUGACGGAGAAAGAGUGGGAGAAAGUGUUUGAGAUGAGUCAAGACAAGAACUUGUACCACAACCUGUGCACCAGCCUCUUCCCCACCAUCCAUGGUAACGACGAGGUGAAACGCGGCAUCCUGCUCAUGCUGUUUGGAGGCGUUCCCAAGACGACCAUGGAGGGAACCUCGCUGAGAGGAGACAUCAACGUCUGCAUCGUCGGAGACCCCAGUACGGCCAAGAGCCAGUUCCUCAAGCACGUGGAGGAAUUCAGUCCCAGAGCAGUGUACACUAGCGGCAAAGCCAGCAGCGCUGCAGGUCUGACGGCAGCUGUGGUCAGAGACGAGGAGUCCCACGAGUUUGUCAUCGAAGCUGGCGCUCUGAUGUUGGCCGACAACGGUGUGUGCUGUAUUGAUGAGUUUGACAAGAUGGACCUCAAGGACCAGGUGGCCAUUCAUGAAGCCAUGGAACAGCAGACCAUCAGCAUCACCAAGGCUGGAGUCAAGGCCACCCUGAAUGCUCGCACAUCCAUCCUGGCUGCUGCCAACCCUGUCGGUGGGCGCUACGACCGCAGCAAGAGUCUGAAGCAGAAUGUCAACCUGACCGCCCCCAUCAUGAGCCGCUUUGACCUCUUCUUCAUCCUGGUGGAUGACUGUAACGAGGUGACAGACUAUGCCAUCGCCAGACGCAUCGUGGACCUGCACUCCCGUGUGGCGGAGUCUGUGGACAGACUGUACUCUCUGGAUGAGAUCCACAGAUACCUGCUCUUCGCGAGGCAGUUCAAACCUAAGAUCUCCAGUGAAUCCGAAGAGUUCAUCGUUGAGCAGUACAAGCGUCUCCGCCAGCGUGACGGCUCCGGAGGCGUGUCCAAGUCCGCCUGGAGAAUUACGGUGCGCCAGCUGGAGAGCAUGAUCCGCCUGUCGGAGGGCAUGGCACGCAUGCACUGCUGUGACGAGGUGCAGCCCAAACAUGUGAAAGAAGCUUUCCGUCUUCUGAACAAAUCCAUCAUCAGAGUGGAGACGCCUGAUAUCAACCUGGAGCAGGACGACGACCUGGAGGAGGAGGAGGAGCAGCAGGAGGAUGGAAACGCCGUCCCUAACGGAGUCAAUGGUGUAAACGGCCACGUGGAUGGUGUCAAUGGGCACGUCAACGGAAUAAAUGGACAUGUCAAUGGUGUGAAUGGUGUGAACGGUGUGAACGGCCACGCUGAGCCUGGCACCCAGCCCAAACCGUCUCUCCGCCUGUCCUUUGCCGAGUAUAAACGUAUCUCCAACCUGCUCGUCCUGCAUUUGAGACGGGUCGAGGAAGCUGAGGAAGAGGAGCAGCUGAAGAAAAGCGAGGUGGUGAACUGGUAUCUGAAGGAGGUCGAGUCAGAGAUCGAAUCGGAGGAGGAGCUCGUCAAUAGGAAGGGUCUGAUAGAGAAGGUCCUCCACAGGCUGGUGCACUAUGAUCACAUCCUCAUCGAGCUGUCUCAGGCUGGGCUGAAGGGCUCAGAGUCUGCCAGCACAGAAGAAGAAGUUGUUCUGGUCGUCAACCCCAACUAUAUCCUGGAAGAUUAAACUCCUCCCUUCAUCCCUCUGUUUAGUUUCUCUCCUCUCCCCUUACAGCUUCCAUGGUUGUUGAUAGAAAACCUCAACAACAAAGCUGAUGUUCAAGCUGUUUUCGGAUGCUCAUAUGUAACACGUACAUAAAAGUAGCAUUUCAGAUGUUUUUGACUUGUUUUGUGAGUUUAUCAGCUCGACUGUACAGAAGAUUCUGGGGCUCUUAAAAAAAAAGGCAUUUCUUAGCCAAACUGACUUUUGUAAAUAUGCUGCUCUCUGUCCUCCAGUUGUUUCUGGUUUUUGUCUGUUCGGUUCUCCACCAAGGGAACCGCCCUGAAUUGUGUCCUUGCUCUUAAUAUGCAACUGUAUAUUGGAGGCAUACAUUGACGCUCCAUAGUUUGAGGUUAUAUUGUGUGUCUUUUUGUAAAAUUAUGAUGUGAACUGAGAUGAAAUGUUGGUUUAAUAAAUAAAAAUGUUGA